UACACCAUAGUCGUCGUAUAUUUUUCUGAAUUUCCCUUAAAUUUCUUUACCGACUGCCGGUAUGUUUUGAAUAAAAGCACGAAGAAUGUUGGCAUGGCGGUUGAGCAUUCAACAACUUGGAAUGUUACAACGCUUCCCUCGAGCGUUCUUCCGUCUCGCGAGUCCUUUACUUCAAAUGGGGCACCGGAUGUCUUAUUCCACAUAUGCUUCACAUCCCCCACUCUCCGACCUCCAUCAAACCAUGCCCUCAGUACAGUUUAUUUCGUUACCUUUGUGCUGUUAUCUCAUGGGACUUUUUAGGAACAUUGAUACUCUUAUCAAGUUCCAUGGGUUGCUUAUAGUACACGGCCUUAUCGGUAAUCUUCUUUGUGAUACCAAGUUGGUUGGUGUUUAUGGCGCACUUGGGGAUGUGAGGUCUGCUCGAAUGGUGUUCGAUCAAAUGCCCAACCCCGAUUUUUAUGCGUGGAAGGUGAUGAUCAGGUGGUAUUUUUUGAAUGACUUGUUUGUGGAUGUUAUCCCAUUCUAUAAUCGCAUGAGAAUGUCUUUUAGGGAAUGCGAUAACAUAAUUUUUUCUAUUAUUUUGAAAGCCUGUAGCGAAUUGCGUGAAAUUGUUGAAGGCAGAAAGGUCCAUUGUCAGAUUGUGAAGGUGGGGGGUCCGGAUAGCUUUGUAAUGACUGGUUUGAUAGAUAUGUAUGGUAAAUGUGGGCAGGUUGAGUGCUCAAGUGCUGUGUUUGAAGAAAUCAUGGAUAAAAAUGUGGUUUCAUGGACUUCAAUGAUUGCGGGAUAUGUACAAAAUAAUUGUGCGGAGGAGGGUCUGGUUUUAUUCAAUCGGAUGAGAGAUGCAUUGGUUGAAAGCAACCCAUUUACUUUAGGAAGCAUAAUAAAUGCGUGUACAAAAUUAAGAGCUUUACAUCAAGGAAAAUGGGUGCAUGGCUAUGCCAUUAAGAACAUUGCUGAACUUAGCUCUUUCUUGGCGACUACUUUUUUGGACAUGUAUGUUAAAUGUGGGCAAACUAGAGAUGCUCGCAUGAUAUAUGACGAACUACCUACUAUUGAUCUUGUUUCAUGGACUGCAAUGAUAGUUGGAUAUACCCAAGCUAGGCAACCCAACGAUGGAUUGAGGCUUUUUGCUGAUGAAAUAAGGUCAGAUCUCUUACCUAAUUCUGUCACUGCUGCAAGUGUUCUUUCAGCAUGUUCGGUUUCUGGUAAUUUGAAUUUAGGAAUGUCAGUUCAUGGACUUGGGAUUAAAAUUGGGCUGGAAGAAUGUGUGGUGAAGAAUGCUCUUAUUGACAUGUAUGCUAAAUGCCAUAAGAUUGGUGAUGCUUAUGCUAUAUUUCAUGGGGUUUUGGAAAAAGAUGUGAUUACUUGGAACUCUAUGAUAUCUGGGUAUGCUCAAAAUGGAUCUGCUUAUGAUGCCCUCCGUCUCUUUAAUCAAAUGAGAUCAUACUCCCUUGCACCUGAUGCAAUAACGCUUGUGAGCACUCUUUCAGCAUCUGCCACUCUUGGUGCUAUACAGGUUGGUUCAUCACUUCAUGCUUAUUCGGUUAAAGGAGGCUUAUUUUCAUCUAAUCUUUACAUUGGCACUGCACUUUUGAACUUUUAUGCUAAAUGCGGUGAUGCAAGAUCAGCACGAAUGGUGUUCGAUAGUAUGGGAGUUAAGAAUAUUAUCACGUGGAGUGCAAUGAUAGGUGGUUAUGGAGUGCAGGGUGAUGGAAGCGGAUCCCUUUCUAUUUUCUCUAACAUGUUGAAGGAGGAUUUGAAACCGAAUGAAGUAAUUUUUACGACAGUAUUAUCUGCUUGUAGCUAUUCGGGAAUGGUUGAAGAGGGAUGGAGGUAUUUCAAAUCCAUGAUUCAGGAUUAUAACUUUGUUCCUUCCAUGAAACAUUAUGCAUGUAUGGUUGAUCUCUUAGCUCGAUCAGGUAAACUGGAUGAAGCAUUAGACUUCAUUAAGAAAAUGCCAGUUCAACCAGACGUUAGUUUGUAUGGAGCUUUCCUUCAUGGAUGUGGAUUAUACUCGAGGUUUGAUCUCGGAGAAGUCGUAGUCAGGGAAAUGCUACAGCUACAUCGAAAUGAAGCUUGCUAUUAUGUGCUCGUAUCUAACCUUUAUGCUUCAGAUGGGAAAUGGGGUCAAGUUAAUGAGGUGAGAGAUUUGAUGCUUCAGAGAGGUCUGAACAAAGUCCCGGGGUAUAGCCUUGUAGAAACUAAUGCAGGUGUGCUAUUUCAUUAGCUGAAGCCACUUGUGUGGCUCAUGUCUUCAUGUUCUCGUUGAGAUAGUAAAAAAAACCUUGAAGUUCUGAAAUACUGAUUUGUGGAAUUUUCUUACUACCCUUGACCACUCCUUUGAUGGAGUUCUGACGAGCCUUAUCCAAUAGGGAAAUGUCAGAUGUUGUUGAUCAUCUAACUUUACUUGGAGAACUUCGGUGUGUGGAGCCUAUUCUAAGUUUGGCCAAUACUACAAGAAAUGGGUCAUUUAAUAGCCUUUGAGGAUUACCAUUUUAAAUUGGGCUAUCAUUGGAAAGGAAAAAAAAAGUGGGAAAUAGAAAAUUAUCCCGCUCAAUAUUUCUCACUCUUUGGAGAACGUUUCACGCUUUCAUCUUUUUUUGCUCAAGAGACGAUUGUCGUUGCAUGCUUUCAUCUCUAUUGAACGUUUCAUGCUUGCGAUACCCACCCAUGUCCCGUCUCACACGACUGCCCUCCAUUCAACCAACGACGAUGUCGUCGUUGUCUCUAUCCAAUCCCCAAUGCUGAAGCUCUAGCAUCGUCAUCGUCAUCGUCUACAAGGCAACACAUGUUGGAUCUGACAAUAUUUUAUACGAUUCAUGGUCGCCUGCAAUGACUAUAAGUUCUAUUUGUAUCAACAUUUUCUCCAUGCUGUCGAGUUCCACAGCAAAGGGGAGCUUUGCUGUCUCAUAUUACAACUGGGGACGAUGUACUAGUCUUGGGUGCUUUAAGUGUUCUGGCUACACUUCUGCAAACUAAAGAACUGGAUGAGUUAAUGCUGGAUGCACUCGGAAUUCUUCCUCAAAGAAAACAACAUAAAAAAUUGUUAUUGGUGGUGAAUGAAAUGAUGUCUUACCAGACGAAAAAAGAACCAACGAUGACAGUAGUUUAUAGCUAUACGAUAAUAUAAUCUCAAACACUUAGUGAAUUUUGUUUGUAUUUGAAGGGUUAAACUUGUGUUGUUAUUCACUAAAUACUUUUUCUACUUUAGUAUCAUUUAGACUACAACUUUAUUUAAGUAAAUUAUUGAAUACUUUAUUUGUAAUUUUAAUAUAUUAUAAAUGAAAGUUAUUAGUAUUUAUUGUGAUA